AAUAGCUUAUCGAAUGCUUGCUGGAUACCAAGGAAGACCGCCGAGCAAUACUGCUUUUCCUCCAUAGAUUUUCGUAUUUCAUUUGCCAUGAAAUGAAUGAAUAAUUAGUUAAAAAAUAUAUGCCAAGUGACGGGACGAAGAAGUCGUGCGCCUAGUGGUCUUUCAACUUUUGUGACAUUCGUACAAUGUCACAACAACAACCGCCACAGCCUCAGUUUGCCUUGCUGCCGAAGAUCGUUAAUGGAGGCAUAGCAGGAAUAAUCGGCGUCACAGUGGUAUUUCCACUUGACCUGGUCAAAACUCGACUGCAGAAUCAAACCAUCGGCCCCAAGGGCGAAAGGCAGUAUAAAAAUAUGUUGGAUUGUUUUCGGCAAACAAUGGCUGCGGAAGGGUACUUCGGCAUGUACCGCGGAUCCGCUGUUAACAUCUUGCUUAUUACACCUGAGAAGGCCAUCAAGCUGUCUGCCAAUGAUAUGUUCCGCUACUACUUGACGCUCCCUGAUGGAACGUUGCCAAUAUUUCGGCAAAUGCUAGCGGGAGGAUCUGCUGGCGCGUGUCAAAUUGUUGUCACCACGCCAAUGGAAUUAUUGAAAAUACAGAUGCAGGACGCCGGUCGCCUAGAGGCCCAAGCCAAAAAAGAGGGCAAAACAUUUAAGCGAAUGAGCGCUAUGGAAUUGACGCGUUCCCUAAUGGCUGAGAGGGGCAUAUUUGGCCUUUACAAAGGCGUGGGUGCGACUGGCGUAAGAGACAUAACCUUCAGCGUUGUAUACUUUCCUCUGUUUGCUACUCUAAAUGACGCCGGACCUAAAGACGGCAACAAAACACCUUUUUGGUGGUCACUAAUAUCUGGGUUAAUAAGCGGUGGUACGGGCGCUUUCAGUGUUACCCCACUGGAUGUAAUCAAGACGCGACUGCAGACUAUAACAAAGGGCGCAGGGGAACGUCAGUACUCCGGCAUUAUAGAUUGUAUUACAACAACGUUGAAGUACGAAGGAAUAACAGCUUUCUUCAAAGGUGGCGCUUGCCGUGUGAUAGUGGUUGCUCCAUUGUUCGGAAUCGCCCAAUCGAUUUAUUACAUGGGUAUCGGUGAAUGGUUACUCGGGUAUCCACGCUAAGACUAGGAUAGGCCGCAUAGUGAAAAACUGCAUCUUGCAUGUCGUUCGGAAGCAUUAGGGCGGUUGAUAUUGAUUGAUAUUUUGCAGUUUUUCUUCAUAUUUCAUGUUGGGGGAAUGAAAAGAGACAUCGAAUAUAUUAGCUCUGGACUUUUUCAAAUCAUUUACAUACCUCUAGUAUCGAUCUCUCGUACGUACAACACAAAUUUUGAGUUUAAAAACCAUUUUGCAUCGACACAAGAUAAAAGUCCAAUAGUAAGGCAACAUUUCUUAAAUCUGUCUCUCCACGACUGUACAGUGUUGAUACUCGCUAGCGACCUGGAAUUGUAUUCCAAUCCAAAUUGUACGUCGCCCAAAGCAAUCUACUCUAGGAGUCUUUGUGUACAUGUACAAGUAUAUGUACGAGUACAUGUGUGUACAAGUGGGGUACAUUAAUUGGUUUAUGUUACGAUUGUCAAAUAAAGAUAACAUAAAACCGAAAUAAUCCUCAGUCUACCUAAUCAACUUUUAACAACCAAUAAAUAAGCAUAUGAAUAGUUUUCAUGAAUGAUAAAAAAAUAUUGUGAAUAUUUUGUUAAAUAUCGUGUUUUUAUACAACGCACAAUGUUAGUGAUCGUUAGUAGGUGUUAUUAAAGAAGGACAUUCAGAAAGUUUUUAUAAAGGAAACAUAAAGUUAACACGAGAAAAAUUGGCUGUGGUACAAAUAGUACCGUACCUCAGAAUUGAGAAUAUUCUCCAGACUCAACUUUUGAGUGCCCUUUUUCAAAAAAAUAAAGCCAAGAGAGGACGCAGUAAAUUAUUGUCAGGACAUGCAUACAUAUCUACUGCUGAUUCAUGAAACAGAAAACCUUAUUUCGAUUGGUCAGAUGAAGUAAAAAUGCAUAAAUGUUUUACGCGGUUGUUAGUCUACAGAUAGGCACUGUAAGUUUAUGAUAGAUUUAUAUUCUUUCUUUGGUAUACUUAAUUCUUAAUGAAUACCUAAAUUAUUUUCCCAAAUCGACUUCAAUGUCUAUAAAUCC